UAUUGUAGAAAUGUUUCUAAGUGGAUCAAAUCUAAUUGGAAAAGUAACCCAAAGUUUCUGCCACCUUAUUUAUUAGGCUUCCUAUAUAUAGAUUUUAACUUGAGAGACAGAAAAGAUGAAUAGAUGAGCAAAGUAAAGAAUGUGAUUGGAGCAUUGUUUUGGGGUUUGAUUGAUUGAGAUUUGUGAGACAGAAGAGAAGAUGAGUGAGCAACAGCCACAGGAAGUUACUACAUUGCUCAUGAGGCGCUGCAAGGUUGUUUGGCGCCUUCUCCUUCUCUUCAAUUUCGCCCUUGGAGCUUAUAUAUUCGCCGGAGUGCAAUUGCGAGAGUUGAAGGAGAAUCGUGGAAGGAAAUCACAUAGAUUGCACAAGGGUAGAGCAAGUUCUGAAGUCCCUCGGGAUCCUAUCACAGCUUCAGUGGAUUGGAAUUACGACGAUCUGCUGAUCCCUGCCACGACGCCUGUGGCAGCGCGCAAUCCUCUCCUUGAGGAACAACAACGUGAAGUGCUCCUGUGGAUGCUGCAAGAGAAAAGAAAAAUGAAACCUAAGGACCGGGCAGAGAAGAAACAAAUCGAUGAGGAAAAGGCCAUUCUCAAAAGGUUCCUGCGUGCAAAGUCCAUACCAAAGUUUUAGUGUUUCAAGGCCAGUUCUAUUACAUGACCAUACUAACAAACUAGCAUUUUAUAAACUCUGGUUUGUUUUUGGCAAUCAAGUACAUUUUAUGGCAUUGCUCUUCCAAUAACUUUUAUGUUUGGUGAUGACUCAUGCCUUGUAUAAUUACCUACCACCCUCAGCAUUUGGGUGUUAUGUAGAUUCAUUGUUUACCCCAUUGAAUGAACACAUACACACACCGUGUGAUUGGUUAUAAAA